AUGUCUGAACACGAAGAUACAUCCCUCGAUACUGGCUACAGCACGCCGGUGCCAGAGUUGGAUGAUCACAGAUACCAAUCGCAGCCUCUACCAAAGGCUCGCUCCCGCAGUGGCACUAUUGAUACUUUGCACGCCCCGUCUUUCCGAGCUCCACAUAGCCCAGACCUAACACGCGUGAACAACACUCUUCUUCAGACAAUCGCAAGAGAUUUCGAGGAAGCGGUUGUCGAUGAGGAUGCGAGGGGAGUUUCCCCAAUGGCUGUUCGACUGGCAGAUAGAAGUCGUCGAGGAACCGCGGAUACUGCUGAGAUUCGUUCUCUAUCGCCGCCAAGUUCAGUAAAGGCCUUCGCUGAUGCAAGAAGAAGGGAGCGGGAGAUGUCUAUUUCGGAUCCAAGCUCUGGGAAGGCAUUUGCAGAUGCUAGGCGACUUGAAGAACACAAUGCUCUUCAUAGAACCGAAUCGCGCGCAAGUCACCGCAGCCAUCGCACUUUCCGUAGCAGACGUUACACUAACGAUAAUGAUGCAAAAAGCUUUGCAGGUUCAUGCAAGUCGGCAGAAGAGGAUGUUUGCUUCCCUCUACACCCUUCUCCAACCAAAAAUACGCUCCAGAUUAAUUUUGACACUCUCGAGGAUUUCAUUGAAGAAGAGGAAAAUCGUGCCAAGACUCCAGUCAACCACGCGCAACCUCGAAUUUUCCACGACUUGAGAAGCAAUGGUGCGAUACCCAUGAUUGUAACAUCAGAAGGUACAGCUGUCGAGAUUCCUUCAGGCCCACCUUCUAUCAAUGAAAAGUUGGACUUAUCUAGCCUUGAGGAGAUUACACGACCGCAGCAGCCACAUCUCGACACUAACAGGUUUGAAUACUUCUCCUCGCAUGGAGUAGAUACUAUUCAUGCUCCAGAAUUCGGGGAUCUCAUUCUAGAAGGAGAAGAUAUUCGAAACCUAUUCGCCCGUCCACAAGGACAACAAGGAGAGGGCGUUUGGUGGUUGAACAUGAACAAUCCAACAGAGAGCGAGAUUCGAGUAAUCUGCAAAGCAUUUGGAGUCCAUCCCCUGACCAUUGAGGAUAUUACAGCUCAAGAGACGCGAGAGAAGAUUGAACUCUUCCCUUCGUACUAUUUCGCUUGUUUCCGUUCAUUUUCUGUAGUGGAAAUUGAGGAUGGCCAAGAAUACGAUCCAUUCAACAUUUAUGUCAUCGUCUUCCGAGAGGGCUUACUAAGCUUCAGCUUUUCACCCAACACACAUGCAACCAAUGUUCGGCAGCGCAUCACGUUGCUUAAGGAUUACUUGUCUUUGAACAGUGAUUGGAUCUGCUAUGCUUUAAUCGAUGAUAUCGUGGAUUCUUUCGCACCUGUUAUCCACAAAAUCGAUAACGAAACAGAUACUAUUGAGGAUCAGGUAUUUAUCGCUCGCAGUGAUGAUAUGCAUACCUUUCUACGAAAAAUCGGCAUGGUUCGAAAGAAUGUCAUGGGAUUGAUGAAACUUCUUGGAGGCAAAGCCGAUGUUUUGAGAGGUUUUACAAAGCGUUGUAACUCAAAUUACGAAGUCACUCCUCAUAUGGAUAUUGGUCUUUAUCUUGGCGACAUUCAAGAUCACGUUGUCACUAUGAUGACCAGUUUGGGACACUCUGAGAAGAUGCUCUCGAGAUCACACAGCAAUUACCUAGCACAACUCUCUAUCGACAACAUCACCCAAGGAAACAACGCAAAUAAGGUCCUCAGCAAAAUCACUCUCCUCGCUUCCAUCCUGGUUCCACUCAACUUGGUAUGUGAUGCUACGGACUUAUGA